AACACAAUGACACCUCUGCUGUUUGCUCUGUGUGUGACAUGUCUGCUCUCGGGGACAAUGGCAGGAGCAACAUCCCUGGAUCUGUCGUCACCUUUACGCUUCCUAUCGGUUAGUGUCGGUGAAGACGUGACUUUGGAGUGUUUCUAUCAGGAAAGUGUAGCAGUGAUGUUUUACUGGUAUAAACAAACUCUGGGACAGAAGCCAGAAAUGGUGUCUAAGUUCUAUAAGCAUGACCAACAGGGCUUUCUGGAUGACGACUUUAAGAAUGAUCCACGCUUUGAGCUGGAAACCAGCACCAGUACAAAUCACCUGAAGAUCAGAGACGUGCAAGAUUCAGACUCAGGGACUUACUACUGCAUCAGUGGCUAUGCUUACGUGUUUGAUUUCAUUGGAGGCGUGAUCAUCCAUGUAAGAGGUUCAGGUCUGAACGUCCCAGCGCUCAUCCAUCAGUCAGGAUCUGAGACCAUCCAGCCAGGAGGCUCUGUGACUCUGAGCUGUACCGUCCACACUGGGAGCUGUGAUGGAGAACACAGUGUGUACUGGUUCAAAGACUCUGAAGAAUCUCAACCAGGACUCAUUUACACCCAAGGAGGCAAUGAUGAUCAGUGUGAGAGAGAACGCAACCAACAAACCUGCGUCUACAACCUGCUGAUGAAGAGCAUGAAUCUGUCUCAUGCUGGGACCUACUACUGCGCUGUAGUCUCAUGUGGACACGUUCUGUUCGGAAACGGGACCAAGCUGGACUUGGAGGAUGAUGAAGACCGUGUUGUCUUGGUGUUUGUCUUGAGUGCAGCUUUGACCGUCACCACCAUGCUGGUUGUUUUCCUGGCAUACAAAGCAUUGACAAUGUACAAGACAACCAGCUGCACAUGCACAGACCAUCAAGCAGGAUCCCCGGCUGCCUCCGGUCUCAGUGCUGCAGGUGAGCAGGAUGCAGACGGCCUCCAUUACGCUGCUUUAAGGAAGAACAAAGCCAACAGAUCAACAAGACCGAGAGACGACACCGGGAGUGAAUGUGUGUACUCCAGCGUCAGGCAGUAAAUCUGCACAUUUGAAACUUCACUGAAAGUGUCAAACUGACCAGUAAAGCUGCAUUAAAAUAAACAAAGUGAUGC